AUGGCAUCACACAGUUGCUGCAAGUUUGUUGAUUGCAUGUUCUUGAUCCAAGCCUUCUAUUACACCGCAUCAGAAAGGAGCAGUAAAGAGUUGCUCCUCCAGCCUGUAAUCAUCAGCCGUAAUGACAAGGAGAAGGUUUUGAUCGAAGGCUCCAUCAACUCUGUCAGAGUCAGCAUCGCUGUCAAGCAGGCCGAUGAGAUUGAGAAGAUUCUGUGCCAUAAGUUCAUGCGCUUCAUGAUGAUGAGAGCAGAGAACUUCUUCAUCCUGAGGAGGAAACCAGUGGAGGGCUAUGACAUUAGCUUUCUCAUCACCAAUUUCCACACAGAACAGAUGUACAAGCAUAAGCUAGUGGACUUUGUCAUUCAUUUCAUGGAGGAAAUUGACAAGGAGAUUAGUGAAAUGAAGCUGUCUGUCAACGCCAGGGCUCGCAUCGUCGCUGAGGAGUUCCUCAAAAAUUUCUGAGAACGAGGAAACUCGGAAAAAUGCAUUCCUUUUGCAAUCUUGGCCGUCACUGUGGAGCGUUCACAUCAGAGGAGACAAACUAUGAUCAGCCAAUAAAAGCUGAGCUACAUAAGACGUACAGUAAUGAUGUACAGGCCAAUGAGCUUUUAGCCUUUAAAUUUAAAUUCCCUCUGUGCUCAGAAAUGUUGGCGGUUGUACAUAAUGAACAUUUACGCGCGAAACAUUCAUUUCUGCCUUGAACAUAACGAGUCAGGGCAGGUCCUUAAAAAGAGUUAUCAAUAUUCAUGAGCACAGGCUAAUAUGGAUCUUUUUUUCCAGAUAAUUAAAUUUUUUUAAAUAUAUAGACAAUAUAUAUACUAUAUGCAUAUUAAUUUCCUUUAUUGUUUUGUUACAACAGACUUCAACCCAUGAAUGCAAUCAAUUAGAUAAUGAUUCUUGCUGUAGUUCACAAGUACACAGACGAGUCUGUCGUCGAUGAAACAAGAAUACAUUUGCUGGCAAUGAAGACAAAUAAAAAAACCCAGUCUGCUUUGUA